CUUCUGUGGCUCUAUCGCCACGCUACCCAGUAUCAGAGACAAACCCACGCGCUCCCACGCGCCUCUCUCUCUCUGUAAAGCCGCUAAAAGAAAAACCGCCUUCCCAUUCCUCUCCCCGUCUGUCGUUUUUCUUAUAUCUAAAAAGAAACCGAAAGGGGGAAAAAGGAAACAAAAAUAAAAAUGAAGGAAAACCUAUACAGGACACCCUCACUCUCUCUCUCUCUCGGUUUUCACCUCCUUUCUCUCUCUACGAUGCUUGUUCACUGAUGGUUGGCUGCCAAAUCGAGCGACCCAUCGUAUUAUUUCCUCCCAUUUUAGAGAAAUUUUUGUUCACAAAAACCAUUUUCCACUUUUUCUCUAUGUUAUUUAACGCUUGAAUGAAAGUGGGGGUUGCUCUGUUUCUCGUUUGUUUCCUUCUUUUUCACCAUUAGACUUGAAUCUGAGGUUUCUCCAUCGAAUCCAGCGUUACCCAUUCUCCGGUGACCGCCGAGGACCCGUUUUUCAAGAAGAAUCGGAUCAGUUCAUUCCUGCAACAUCUUCUUAUAAUUUGACUCCUGUGCUCAGUUCUUCAAAUUUUGAAUUUGAACCAUCUUUGUUAUGGAGGGAGAAACAUCAUGGAUCAAGCAUUGCCUCAAUGACAUGUCAAGAGAGAUUGAAGAGUUUGAUUCUUUCUCAGAUUUUGUAAUUGAGGGAGGCAAAGAUGCUGUAGCGGUUUCUGUGGAGUCGAUCCUACCUGAUGAUUUGCUGGAACGUAUCCUGUCGUAUCUACCGAUUGCGAGCAUUUUCAGGGCUGGUUCUGUGUGCAAAAGAUGGCAUGAUAUUGUUAGUUCGAGGAGGUUUUUGUGGAAUUUCUCGCACAUCCUAUCACAGAAACCUUGGUAUUUCAUGUUUACCAGCUCGGAUGAACCUAUUGGUUAUGCCUAUGAUCCCGUUCUUAGGAAGUGGUAUGCAAUCGAUCUCCCCUGCAUCGACAAGUCGAAUUGGUUUAUUGCCUCAUCAUGUGGCUUGGUUUGCUUCAUGGACAAUGACAGUCGAAGUGAGUUACAUGUCUGCAACCCUAUAACCAAAUGCUCGAUGAAAUUAUCGGAGCCCUCGGGAUCGAAGUUCUCUGAUUAUAGUGCACUUGCAAUCUCUGCAAACAGGGUUUCACACAACUAUACCAUCUCAGUUGUGAAAUCCAAGCAAGUCCCUGGAAACUUCUUUCAGUGGGAUAUAUCUAUUCAUAUUUAUGAUUCGGAAACAAUGAUGUGGGCUACCUCUUUGACUGAAGUUUUGUCAGGGUGGAGAGGUGGCGAUGAGAGUGUGAUUUGUGAUGGAGUUCUUUACUUCUUGAUCUACUCAACUGGGGGUGGGGCGCCCGAUAAUCGACACGGUCUUGUUACUUACAAUAUCUCUAACCAUUCGUCUCAUGGUAUGUUGAUAAAAUCCUUCAUUCCUGCUCCGUGUUCUCUCACGUGCGGUCGAUUGAUGAACCUUAAGCAGAAGCUGGUAAUGGUUGGAGGGAUUGGCAAACAGGAUAGGCCAGACAUUAUCAAGGGGAUUGGCAUUUGGAUUCUUUGUGGGAAGGAGUGGCGAGAAAUAGCACGUAUGCCCCAUAAGUUCUUCCAGGGAUUCGGGGAGUUCGAUGAUGUUUUCGCUAGCUGUGGCACCGAUGACCUUAUUUACAUCCAGAGCUAUGGAGCUCCAGCUCUACUGAUUUUCGACAUGAACCUAAAACAGUGGAGAUGGUCGCAGAAGUGCCCGGUGACGAAGAGAUUCCCGCUUCAGCUCUUCACCGGCUUCUGCUUCGAACCUAGGCUUGAGAUCAAUCCCUGAUUCCGCUUCUCACCGUGCAGAAUUGUGGUGUUAUUAACAAAGUUGUCUGAAACUUUGGUUUAUUUUGUUCCUAUUUGCUUCUUUUUCUGUUGCCCUGAAGAAUCUACAAUAUUUCCAAGGAAGAAGUAUAUACAUGUAACUGCUGAUAUAAAGCUGCAUGGAAUAUGCAUAUUCAUGAAUUAUGAGAAGAAUAGAAUUCUUUACAUAGGAAAAUACCACUCACUCAAGUUUAAACAGUUACAAAUUUGGUGAUUCCUCUCUGCAGUUGCUGCCAUUUAUGGAACUUCUUCAUGUUUUUUGUUCUUCA